GCCUUGGGGAAAGAAGGAGGGGGGGGGUCGUUUUUGGGGGGGGGGAUUCAGGACUUACUUUCAAUGCACACUUAGUUUCAACUAGGGAAUCAACAGAAGCAAAAGCAAUUUUUCCCUUUUUGACACCCGCCUCCCCAUUGGUUCCCCCCGGGUCAGCUGACUUUGUCAUUUUGUCUGUCCUGGAGCAGAGCCUUCCCUAUAACAAUCUAGUUCAGACUACAAACUGGAGACAGAAAUAAAUAUUAAAGAAAUCACACAGCCAGGUAUAGAGGACGAUAUGAAUUCCUAUUUCACAAACCCAUCUUUAUCCUGCCAUCUAACCAGUGGCCAAGAGGUGCUUCCCAACGUAGCCCUCAAUUCAACUGCCUAUGACCCUGUCAGGCAUUUUUCUACUUAUGGAGCAGCCGUUGCUCAAAACCGGAUUUAUUCUUCUCCUUUUUAUUCACCGCAAGAUAAUGUUGUGUUUAGCUCCAGCCGAGGACCUUAUGACUAUGGAUCUAAUGCUUUUUACCAAGAAAAAGACAUGCUUUCUAGCUGCAGGCAAAAUUCUAUGGGACAUAAUACACAGACAUCAAUCGCACAGGAUUUUACCAGUGACCAAAACAGGAACACUUCGCAAGAACAAAAAACUAGCAUUCAAAUAUACCCAUGGAUGCAGCGUAUGAACUCCCACAGUGGCGUGGGCUACGGGGCCGAUCGCCGGCGGGGCCGUCAGAUUUAUUCCCGUUACCAAACGUUGGAGCUGGAAAAAGAAUUUCAUUUCAACCGUUACCUGACGAGGCGGAGGCGGAUCGAAAUCGCCAACGCUCUUUGCCUGACUGAACGGCAAAUCAAGAUUUGGUUUCAAAACCGGAGGAUGAAAUGGAAAAAAGAAAGCAAUUUAAGUUCGACCCUCUCCGGUGCGGGAGGUGGAACAGCGGCCGCCGCCGCCGAUAGUUUGGCCAAGGAGGAGAAGAGAGAAGAGACAGAAGAGGAGAAGCAGAAGGAGUGAAAAGUGGCA